GUCAACAGAAACAUCAUUCUGCCUUUGAGAAAGUUCGUUCGAAGCUGGUUCAUAAUCAUAUAAUAACAUGUUUAAAAUUUAAUUACUGAAUGAGAGAGUCAAUGCAACACCACAUCCCAACAGAGAACCCUUCCCUAUCUCUUCCACUGCCCCCUAUUACUCUUUCAUCCAUUGAAUGUCCUACUAAUUCCUGAGCCUAACGAUGUCAAAUCUGGAUCCGGAUUCGCAAGCCACCACGACCCGGAAACUUCACCCGCACGAGGAUCCGAAUUUCACCGCCGCAGACCCUCAUGUUCCGCUUCGGAACCUCUUCCUGGUUCGGACCACGAUGGAUUCUCUGCAUCAUUUCUUAUCUCAAUCCAUCAACACCAACUCUCCCCUCGCCGCAGAUCAAAUAACCGCCGUCUCCAACCAGAUCGUCUCCGCCCUCCAUCAGACCGUCGUCAACGGCGCCGCCCUUGUAUCCUGCUCCCAAAAUCUCACCUCCGCCGCCGGAGCCUCUGUCCUCCCGCCGACUAUCUCCAUUCCGGAGAAAUCAGUGAAGCAGACGCUCGAUUCGAAGGUUGAGUUUGCAGAAGACGACACCGUCGAAGGCCGCGACGGCGAUUGGGAGAUCGUGGAGCUUGACGCGGUGGAGCUUCUCGCGGAGCACAUCCACUUCUGCGAGAUCUGCGGGAAAGGCUUUCGGCGCGACGCGAAUCUCCGGAUGCACAUGCGCGCGCACGGGAACCAGUUUAAGACAGCGGAGGCUCUGGCGAAGCCGCUGGUGGAAGAUGCCGGCGGUCAGCGGGAGAGGCGGUUCUCAUGUCCGUUCAAAGGGUGCAACCGGAACAAGCGGCACCGGAGGUUCAGGGCGUUGAAAUCGGUGGUUUGCGUGAGGAACCAUUUCAAGAGGAGCCACUGCCCGAAGAUGUACGCGUGCGACCGGUGCCACAAGAGGAAGAGCUUCUCCGUGCUCUCCGACUUGAAGAGCCACAUGAGGCACUGCAGCGAGUCGAGGUGGAGGUGCUCGUGCGGGACUACCUUUUCUAGGAAGGACAAGUUGUUUGGACACAUUGCCCGGUUUGAGGGUCACGUGCCUGCGAUAGCGUUGGACGAAAUAGGGGAGAAAGGGAAGCACGUGGUGGAGGAAAAUGAAGAAGAUCCAAUUAAGGAAGAUGAACUGAGCAAUUGUUUUCUGAAUGAUGAUGGGUUGCCGGAAGGGUUCUUUGAUGAUUUUGGCUCAAUUGAUAACUAUUGUUUGCGGGAAGUUUUGGGAUUUCCUAGUAGUUUCAAAUGAUACUUCAGAUUUUCAAGCAUUACUACAUUACACAUAUGGAUUUGUAGGGCUAGGAUAUUCGUCUAUAUUAUACAUUUUGUUUUUUCAAGCAUUACUACAUUAUAUAUAUAUAUGUCUAUUUUUCUUAAA